UCCAACGACGACGGCAAGAACAGCCACACCCGGAGCUGGAGACGGCUGUUUUAUAAGUCAGAAGGCGUCGAUCCGCUUGUACCCGGCCAACCACGGCGAGACCGUGCCACCGGCGAACCGCUCCACGCCGCGCCAACACGGUAACACGGAAUGGCCGCGCCGUCGGAGGCCUCGCCGCUCCGCGUCUCCGCGUUUCCGGCGGCGAGCAACAAGCAGCACGGCGCCGCGCCGGCGCCGAGGCUGGCGGGCCGCGCGCGCGACGCGCUCGUGUUCGCGGCAGGCGUGGCCGUGGCCGUGCUCGCGAUCCUCGGCGCGCCCGGGAUGAGCAGCAGCCUGCUGGUGGCCACCACCGUCCCCGGACCGGAGGACGGGCUGCGCACGUUCUACGACGACCCGGAGCUCUCGUACGACGCCGUGGAGGGCCGCCGCCUCACCGGGUGGGACGCCAAGCGCGCCGAGUGGCUGCGGUCGCGCGGGCUCGGCCGCCGGCGGAGCGCGCCGGAGCGCGUGGUGAUGGUGUCCGGGUCGCAGCCGGAGCCGUGCCCCGGCGACGCCGGCGACCACCUCUUGCUCCGGUUCCUCAAGAACAAGCUCGACUACUGCCGCCUCCACGGGAUCGAGCUGCUCUACAACAGGGACGUUCUGCAGCCGGCCAUGAAAGGCUACUGGGCCAAGAUCCCCAUCGUGCGCGCCGCCAUGCUCGCCCACCCGGAGGCGGAGUGGAUUUGGUGGGUGGACUCCGACGCCGUCUUCACCGACAUGGACUUCUCCCUCCCGCUCGCCACGAGGUACGCCGGCCGCAACUUCGUCGCCUACGGCUGGCCGGACAAGAUCGAGAUAAAGUCGUGGCUGGCCAUAAACGCCGGCGUGUUCCUCAUCCGCAACUGCCAGUGGUCGCUCGACUUCAUGGACGAGUGGGCGCGCAUGGGCCCCGCCUACCCGGAGCACGCCCGGUGGGGCAAGGUCGUCCGGGACGCGCUCGCCGACAAGGGCGACGACGCGUGGUGUGACGACCAGUCGGCGCUCGUCUACCUGCUGCUCCACAACUGGGAGAGGCUGGGGAAGAAGGCGUUCAUCGAGACCGAGUACUUCUUCCAGGGCUACUGGUUGGAGAUCGUGGACCGGCUCGACGGCGUCGCGGCGAGGUACGAGGCUGUGGAGCGGCGCGCACCAGCGCUCCGGCGGCGCCACGCGGAGCGGGAGCACCUGAGGUACGCGGCGGCGCGGAACGCGGCGGUGAGCGGCGCCGUCCCGGGCCCAGCGGGCGGCGGGGAGAAGGGGUGGCGGCGGCCGCUCAUCACGCACUUCGUGGGCUGCCAGCCCUGCAGCGGCGGGAGGAACCCGAUGUACUCGAGGGAGAGCUGCGAAGACGGGAUGCGCCGCACGCUGGGUUUCGCCGACAACCAGGUGCUCCGCGCGUACGGGUUCCGGCACGCCGCGCCGCUCAACGACAGCGUGCGGCCGCUGCCGUUCGACUACCCCGCCGCGCCCGCGCGCAGAUGACCGUCUCUGUAAUGAGUUGGGCCCAUUUGGGCCUUAAUUGCACCGUGAUUAUAGCUCUUUAUCACCACCCCAUAAAACCUUUUCUAGUUUGGUCAUCAAACUACUUCCU